AUUCGGUUUGAUGAACCCAAAUUUUUAAGAACGCUCUUAAAGUAGACUUGGCCAGCCCCUUUGCAUGACUUUGUUAAUUUGCGCCACACCAAAAUAAUUUUCAAAUUCCUUCCUUCUCAAACAAUUUUUUUCUCUCCUUUUGCUUUGGUUUUCUUUCCUUAGAAAAGCAGUCUAUGUGAUAGUAAUAUUGCAAGAGUAGAGCUAGUCUUGACUUUGGAAUUGCAAUAGGGUCCUGCUACUAUAGUUAUAUAUAUAUAUAUAUAUAUAUAUAUAUAUAUAUACACACAAACACAAAUAUAUUUCUAUAUAUAAAUGGAAUUUCCAGAGUUGUCUUUGGCUCCUACUCAUGCUGUUAAUGUGAACAAGAGCAGAAAUGGGCUUCCAUUGGAAUAUUCAGACACCAACGCUUCUAGGAAGAGGAAGCUCUUUCAGGAUCACCUCCUUAUGAAGACUCAUGAACCGGCACUUCAAGCAAGCGUUGAUCUUCAGCUCAAAGAUCCUCUGCCGUUGGAUUGGGAGCAAUGCCUUGAUCUUGAAUCAGGAGAAAUGUACUACUUGAACAGAAAAACACUGAGGAAGAGCUGGAACUGGCCACUUCCGAUGGAGCAGACGGCGGCACUAGACCUAGAGCUCAACAUCUCGACUUUCUCCGACAAUCACCGAGGCUCCGAUCAGGUGAAGAAGCAAAGCUGCUCUGCGGCAGGGAAUACUAACAGUAACAUGGUCGCCUUGGCUUGUCUGAAUUGCCAUCUCCUUGUCAUACUCUCCAAAUCCUCUCCUUCUUGCCCAAACUGCAAGUACGUCCACUCACUUCCCUCCCGCCAAAGCAGUUCAAUUCCGGCCCCGAAAGUUGCCGCCGUCAAGUCCAUGAGCACUCUAAGCCUUCUGAAUUAGGAAUUUAGGAUUAGUGUUUUGUCAUAUGCAGUGUAAAAUAGGAAAAAUCAUGAAAUGGCAAAGGACUAAAAAUGAAUCAGAAAUCAACUUCUGGGGUUGUUUUUUACUAUAUGUGUGACCACAUUUAUGUACGUUUGGUUUCUGAUGGUGUUUUGGUGUAUUAAACAGGGUAAAUAUAUGAAUAUCUAUGCAAAGCCCUUCAAGUAUUUUAAUUAAA